CAUAAUCCCCUUUACCUCAGAUACUCCCUCUUUUCACAGGUUCCCAUGGUGGCAGGAGCAUUUAUGGUCCCUGGACAGGGCCAUGUGAUCUUUGAGGAUGUGGCUGUGUCCUUCUCCCAGGAGGAGUGGGGUCUCCUUAACGAUGCUCAGAGACUCCUGUACUGUGACGUGAUGCUGGAGAACCUGUCACUUAUAGCCUCCCUGGGGUGUUGGCCUGCAGUAAGUACUGAGGAGGCUACUUCUGAACAAUGUGUUUCUGUAGAACAAGUGGCACAAGACAGGAAUCCAAAUCCAGACCUAUCUAUCCUGAAGACUCUUACUUCGGAUACGGGUGCCCUGGUAGAGAAAGACGUUUUGUACCUGGCUGAGCACCAAGGAGUGCAUCCCGGGCUGAAACCAUCCUCUUCUGGGGCUUGUGGGAAAAUGUUCACUUCUCACCUACAACAGCACCAGAAGCAGCCCAGUGGAGAGAAACACCUCAGAAGUGAGGAGAAUGGGGCCUUGCUUUUGACGAGCUGCGAAGUCUUUUUACCUGACAAUAUGUUCACAUGUGGAGAGGUUGAGAAGGCUUUCCUAGGCAGCUUGGGCUUUCCCCAGCAGCAGCCCUCCCACGAUGGACAGCAUCCAGGUAGAAGCAGACAGAGCAGGGAGGUCUCUCACCCUGGGCAAGGGGAUUACGAGUGCAGCGAAUGUGGCAAAGCCUUCAGUAAGAAGUAUAAAUUCACAGAGCACCUGAGAGUUCACACUGGAGAAAAACCUUAUGGGUGCAGCGACUGCGGGAAGUUCUUCAGACUCAGGGGGGGUCUUUCUCAUCAUCGGAGAGUUCACACAGGAGAAAAGCCUUUUGAUUGCAGUAAAUGUGGGAAAGUCUUCAUCUACAAAUGUAAACUUGUUCAGCACCAAAGAGUCCACACUGGAGAAAGACCCUAUGAGUGUAAUGAAUGUGGGAAAGCCUAUGCCCGCAAGGAUUCACUUGUCCAGCACCAAAAGGUCCACACUGGAGAGAAACCUCAUAAAUGCAGUGAAUGUGGGAAGCUCUUCCUUUACAGAAAUAAACUUCUUGUGCACCAGAGGAUCCAUACUGGAGAAAAGCCUUUUAAGUGUACCGAAUGUGGGAAGUCCUUCAGUUAUAAAACCAGUCUUAUUAUCCACCAGAGAACCCACACUGGAGAAAGGCCUCAUAUGUGCAGUGAGUGUGGGAAAGCCUAUGUCAACAAAAAAAGUCUUAUUGUACACCAGAGAAUUCACAAUGGAGAAAAAGUGUAUGGGUGUAAGAAAUGUGGGAACUUCUUUAUAAGCAGCUUUGCCCUCAAUAAACACCAGAAUGUUCACACUGCACAAAGGCGUUAUGAGUGCAGCGAAUGUGGGAAAGCUUUCAAGAGGAAAAUCAGACUUGCUGAGCACCAGAGAAUCCACACUGGAGAAAGACCCUAUGAGUGUAAUGAAUGUGGGAAAGCCUUCAAGCUAAAGAAUACACUUGUUAGCCACCGAAAUGUCCACACUAGAGCAAAGCCUUUCCAGUGCAGUGAAUGUGGGAAGCCCUACAGUAACAAAACAAGUCUUAUUGUCCACCAGAGAAUCCACACUGGAGUAAAGCCUUUUCAGUGCAAUGAAUGUGGGAAGCCUUAUAGUUACAGAACAAGUCUUAUUGUCCACCAGAGAAUCCACACUGGAGAAAGGCCUUAUGAGUGUAGUUCUUUGUAUGUAGCUCCAAGCUCAUAAAAAAGAGGAAAGUUCACACUGGAGAAAUGCCUUCUGGACUUAUGUGUUUCUUCACUUGAGUUAACAUCUAGCACCACAACUCCUGUGUUGUAGAGUAGGUGAAUGUUUAACUUACGUGGGGUCAAACUUUUUAAAGUGGUAGUAUCCUUUUAUAGUCUUGCCAGAAACACCAGAACCCCAGUUCCCAUUCUUUCCAUUCUUACCAACACUUGGUAUGUGCAGGGUUUCUAAUUUUUGUGACAUCAUAGGUAUAUAGUGGUAUCAAGUGAUUUUCAUUUGCAUUUCCCUACUGACAUGAUGCUGA